AUCUGUCUGCAAGCAAGGGUGGAUGAGGAGGCUUAAGCCCGGCUGGAGGGUGGGGAGGGGGGUCGACCGGGCUUGCUGGUGCUCUUGAAAGUGCAAGGACAUCCUCGGGCUUAACUCGCGCGCCCCCCACCCCCAGUCCUCUCUCCCUCGCCCCCCACGCACCCACCCAUUUUACGUGCAGCAGUCACCGCCAUCCAGCAGUUUGUGAUCCUGCCUAGAAAGGCUGUGGGGGGCAUCUCCUUUCACACCAAGUGGGGAACAAAAACAAAACACAAGAUUUCUUCUCGGAAGGAAAGUACGCAGAGAUGCCAGGGAUGGUCAGUAAAAACCCAGAUCUUGAAUUCGACUCCUUGCAGCCUUGCUUCUACCCAGACGAAGAUGAUUUUUAUUUGUGCGGUCCUGACUCCGCUCCCCCGGGGGAGGACAUCUGGAAAAAGUUUGAGCUACUGCCUACACCUCCCUUGUCUCCCAGCCCGGCAGGUCUGCAAGAAAACCCCCCCGGGGGAGCCCCGGUUUCGAGCUGGGGCGGGGCGGGGAAUCUAGGGGGGUUCCGAACCGGCGACCCUCUGGACUGGGCUUCGGAAUUGCUGCUGUUGCCCUCGGAAGCGGACCUGUGGGGAGGCGGCGACGGAGGGGACUCCUUCGAGACCGGCCUGGGGGAGAACAGCAACCUGAACGCCAUCAUCAUCCAGGACUGCAUGUGGAGCGGCUUUUCCGCCACCGAGAAGCUGGAGAGGGCAGCGGCGAACGAGAAGCCGCAGAGCAAAGGAGGAACAGCUGUCGCGCCUGCCACAGCUGGGUCUACAGCCCUCUCUGCUGCCGCUGCUGCAGCCACCGCCACCGCCGCAGCCAGCAGCUCUGGGAACAAUGGCAGCAGCAGCAGCCAGGCGCAGCUCAACAACUCUGUAUCGGAGUGCGUGGAUCCGGCCGUGGUUUUCCCCUUCCCUAUGAACAGGAGGGAGCCGGCAGCCCCUGCUGCAGCGGCUGGGAUCCGGGUGAACCUCGGCAGCAGCGGCAGCGAGGCUGUUCCAGGGGUGGCAGCUCCCGCUCAAAACAGCGGCUGCCACCCAAACGCAGCCAGUGACAGCCGGGCCGGCAGCAGCUCUGGCGAUGACACGCUCAGCGAUUCCGAUGAAGAUGAUGAAGAGGAGGAGGACGAGGAGGAAAUCGACGUGGUCACCGUGGAAAAGAGGCGGUCCUCUUCCUACAAGGCUGUGACCACCCUAACGAUUGCGAUGCGCCCCAAAAGCGCCACCUCUUUCGCCUCUGUGAGAACUCAGCCAAACGAAGUCAUCCUAAAGCGCUGUGCCCCUAUUCACCAGCAGCAUAAUUACGCCGCGCCUUCGCCUUACCUCGAAAGCGAGGAGGUUCCGCCCCAGAAAAAGCUAAAAACUGAAGCGCCCCGUCCCGUCAAAGCCAUGACCCAACCCAAGGCCAAGAGCUCCAGCCCUCGGAGCUCCGAUUCGGAAGACAGCGAGCGCAGGCGCAACCACAACAUCUUGGAGCGCCAGCGGCGCAACGACCUGAGGUCGAGUUUCCUCACGCUAAGGGACCAUGUGCCGGAACUGGUGAAAAACGAGAAAGCGGCCAAAGUCGUCAUCUUGAAAAAAGCCACCGAGUACGUUCAUUCGCUACACGCCGAGGAGCACAAGCUGUUGCUAGAAAAGGAAAAACUGCAAGUUAGACAACAGCAGCUGAUAAAGAAAUUGGAGCACAUGCAGACUUGCUAAAAACAAAAA